UGUUUUCAGGAAGCACCUUGCCCCAGCGAAGAAGAAGAUCCCUCAGGAUAAACACUUGUGGUGUGUUUGUGUUUUUUUUUUUGCUUUCACUCGCACGUAACGUUGACUUAAGUUAACGUGACCUUUAGUCACAUGAGAAAUAUGUAAAAAAAAACGCACUUUGCUUUGGUCAGGGCGGAUUCACAUCAGUAUUUGGUUCGUCGUUCUCUGUGAAGACAUCUUGAGCGUAUCAUCCCUUCAACAUGGCAUAUCGGCGUGGUCGCAACUCAAUUAGAGAGGAAUAUGAACAGCGCUUUUCACAAAUGGAUACAAGAGAGGUGACGGUCCAUCGAGUUGUCAAUAUUGUUGAAAAGAGAAACCCAAUGUCUCAGUCAGGGAUGGAGCUUGACAGAGGCUUUAACGAUGACAAGUUGUACGGUGGUCCCCGAGGUUACCAGGACGCAAGAGAUCCUCACGGCGAAGGCAGUUACCCACCCAGUGAUCGAUUUUUUGACGAUAACCCCAACUAUGGCAGUUUUCGCAGAUAUUCCUCGCCCCCACGAAAUGAUGGCUCGUACUCCCAACAGUGUUAUGGCAGAAAUGAUUUGAGGCAUCACUUAGUCCCAAGGAAAAAUAGCCGAGGUGGCACCUAUUUCCGCAACAGAGGUAGAGGAUCAGGCCCUCCUUCAAGAGAAGACCGCAGCGACUACAGGAUUUCUCCACCUGUCAAACGGGACCGCUCUCCUGGAAACAGGGAAGCCCAGCGACCAGUCCGCUCUGGAUCAAACACCAGCAACAGGAGCUUCUCCCCUGACAGGGACAAAGGCUAUGUCCAACAGCCCACCCAGAAAAAGCAUAAGCCCAAUGUGCCGACGAGCCACACUCCCAGCAGCUCUGCUGAGGGCUCUCCUCACAGCUCAGGAUCUUCAAAGGAAAAAACUGCUGCAUCUGUAGCAGAGACGGAGGAGGUGGCGGCUGCCAGCAUGGAGCCAAAGCUGACACCAGAGGCCGACUUCAAGGCUCGCCGGUCGGAGGCCAUUAAAGCUAAGGCUCUGGAUAUCGAGAAGCAUUACAGGCAGGACUGUGAGACAUUUCGCACAGUGGUGAAGAUGUUGGUGGCCAAGGAGCCCAGUCUGGAUAACGUGCUGCAGGCUCCACUGGAUGAGAACCUGUUGGAGAUGAAACACCGCUGCCUGGAUUCCCUUAGGCACUUUGUGAAGGAGCUGGAUGAGGUAUUAGAUGCCACAGACCAAAAACACUGAAGUAAUAAUGUGGAAUAUGGGAAAUCCGAAAUAAGUGUUAGGAAACGAUCAAGACCAAGAGUACAUCUUACCCUAAGCUAGCAAAAGGGAAACCAUGGUAAAGAGACUGACAAACUAAGAAACAUGCUCUAAUUUUAGCUUUGUUAAAAAAACAACUUCAUCCUGUUUAUGUAAAUCAUGCAUGCACAUUCUGUCAAACCAGUGAGAUUCUUUAUAUUCAAUUUUUAAACAUUUACAUACAUAUAGGCAAAAACACAGUGUUAUAAAGCAGGCGUGGGGACCCUGUGUGUGUGUGUAUAUAUUUAUAUAUAUGACAUCUUUAACAAAAUUAAUAAAUGAUAAUAAAUCAUUGUACCUUUUUAUUACAUGUGACAAAUGGUUUAUCAGUUCAAUAUCAAACUACUCUGCAGAGAAACAUGCAGGAACAGACUCAUUGUCUGGUAUUACUUUAUGAGACCAAGUGAAGACACUUGUUUGGUGUCGUUGUCAUGCCGAUGAUAUUGAAACAGGUAUUGAGUGUCUUUUUUUUCAAGCAAGUCUUUUUUUUCUGUCAAGCAAAGUGACGUAGUGGUGUGAUUAGUAGCAGCAUAGUAUAUGUAAGAUCAAUAUGAUACAGAUUGCUUUAAAAGGAUACACCUAAAUAUUAUAUAGUAAGAAUGAAUGGAUGUAAAAUGAUGAACACUUCGAUGUGCAAGCACAUAAUGCUGCAUUUAUGGUAUUCCCAUUGAAAUUUGGUCGGCGUGGCAAGCCGUCGAUUUUACCCUACAUUCUUCUCGAUGAGAUGGAAGAUAGUGUUCAUACCUUCUUCCGGCUCUGCAUUUGUCUCUGGGCCUACACCCCCUUCAUCUCCGCCUCAGUUUCUCUGAAAUUUGACUUCGGUCCAGGUAGUAUUUUCAGUCCGCAGAGGACAGUCAGCUGGUUGUGGAGGUAAACAAUACCCAGGUCUUGUCUGCUGGACAUCCCAGGACCGAAAGUGAAAGAAGCAUCAGGAUAAAUAGUCAGAAAUGUUUAAACUGCACGCUUUCUUGGAGAAGUAACAGUGAUAGGGGAGAAAGACAGACAGAGGGAAGGGAAAUAUGUUGAAUCAAGGAAUUGCAUAUAUUUUGUUCUGUAUGGGAUUUUGCACAUGGUGUUUUAUAUCUUUUUAGUAAAUAAAAGUAGAUCACUUGAUCUAUUGAA